UUCUCCCGCGGUGCCAUGGCGGCGCUGGCCAGUAGCCUGAUCCGGCAGAAGCGGGAGGUCCGCGAGCCCGGCAGCAGCCGGCCCGUGUCAGCGCAGCGGCGCGUGUGUCCCCGCAGCACCAAGUCCCUUUGCCAGAAGCAGCUCCUCAUCCUGCUGUCCAAGGUGCGACUGUGCGGGGGGCGGCCCUUGCGGCCGGACCGCGGCCCGGAGCCUCAGCUCAAAGGCAUCGUCACCAAACUGUUCUGCCGCCAGGGUUUCUACCUCCAGGCGAAUCCCGAUGGGAGCAUCCAGGGCACCCCAGAGGACACCAGCUCCUUCACCCACUUCAACCUGAUCCCAGUGGGUCUCCGUGUGGUCACCAUCCAGAGUACCAAGCUGGGCCACUACAUGGCCAUGAACGCUGAGGGGCUGCUCUACAGCUCGCCGCAUUUCACAGCUGAGUGUCGCUUUAAGGAGUGCGUCUUUGAGAAUUACUAUGUUCUGUACGCCUCUGCCCUCUACCACCAGUGCCGUUCUGGCCGGGCCUGGUACCUAGGCCUAGACAAGGAGGGCCGGGUCAUGAAGGGAAACCGAGUCAAGAAGACCAAAGCAGCUGCCCACUUUGUACCCAAGCUCCUGGAGGUGGCCAUGUACCAGGAGCCUUCUCUCCACAGUGUCCCUGAAACCUCUCCUUCCAGUCCCCCGCCCCCUGAAAUGUAG